UUUCUUUUGGUUUUCUGGGAAUGCGAACGGCUUUGAACUAAACCUCCCAAGGUCAUUUAGGGUUCUCUCAACGCGAUACAGGGGAGACCAAAAAUCUCCAAUCGCCGCCGUUCAGCCUUCUGUGAAUUGGGAAAUUCCGAUUUCAUCGAAUUCAAUCGUUUUCCCUCACACCCAUCUCGUCUUUCAAUCUAAUUUAGCGUUUUUGUUCUGAUUUCUCCCUCGUUUCUGAAUCUGAUAGCGAACGAGCGAGGUUUUUUGGUGAAACACAAUGGAGGAGGUGGUUGAAGGGGAUCAAAAUUUCACUUCAUUGGUCAAGCUUUUGGCGUCCUCCAAUAAGGCAACUCGAGACAAGACCCUCCGUGUAAUCAUCAAGACAUGGCUUCCGACUCAAAAGAGCCUUUCCGAUGGCGAUAUGAAAAAGCUUUGGAAGGGUUUGUUCUACUGUAUUUGGCAUGCUGACAAGGUUCCUGUUCAAUCUGAGCUUAUUAAUCGCCUCGCUUCUCUGCUCCUCCAUCUCGACCUGCCGCUAGCUGUUCAGUACUUCUCUGUUUUCCUUCUUACCAUGCGUCGUGAAUGGGCUGGCAUUGAUGCUCUCAGGUUAGAUAAGUUUUACCUUUUGAUUCGUAGAUUUUUGCACCAGUUUUUUGCUUUGUUGAAGAAGCAUUCUUGGGAUUUGGAACUGUGUCGUUGUUCGGUUCAAGUUUUGGAGGAAAGGGUGUUUUUCGCUGAUGAUAAGUUUCAUGGGAAUGGUGUUAAUUACCAAAUUGCUUCUGUGUUUCUUGAGGAACUUAAGCCGUUUCUUCCUCUUCAGAAGGAAGUCAUUGAUGUCCUGUUCAAGCCAUUCCUCUGUUCCAUGGUUAAACUGCCAGAUAAAGUGUUGUUGGGAAAAAUUAAGUCUAAUCUUUUUGAUGUGAUACUUAAAAUGGGGAAGCAAUUACUUGACCGUCGAAAAUGUGGAGAUGAUGUUGAUUCUGGUGAUGAUAUAGUUGUCUUCGGGACUAUUUCGUUCACAAAUCUAUUCUCAACAACAUUUUAUGAAUUGGGUUCUUCACCUGAUUGCUGUCAAGGGAAUAGAAAGGUAUUGUUUGCCAUGCACGAAGAGUUUCAGAAGUUGGAGAAAGAUUUUAUCUCAUCAGGGGUUGAGAUUUCAUUACCAGGUCUUCAAGAGCAAGAUGGGGAUGAAGUGCCUACUUUGGUUCCUGUUUCCAGUGAAGAAGAGGCUCCUUCGGAAAUUUCCAUGGUUGAUGUUGAUGUGAAUGCUGACUCCACUGAUAAGGCACUUAAGAAGCAAAAGAAGAGUAAAAAGGCCACUGAUGACAGUGGCAAGAAGAAGGCCAAGAAGGCUAAGAAGGCAAAGGAGACCACAAACGGUAUUUCUGAUCUUGUUUCUGAAAAUACUCCUGUGAAUAAGGACAAUGAGAAUAUAGUUGUUGCUAACGGUGAGAAUUCUAAUAAUGAACAGAUUAGUGAUGGAAAUAUGAUAACCUUUGAUGAAACUGUGAUAUCGAACCUUCAGAUGCAAUUUGAGAGGGCUGCUGCUGAAGCUGAUUUUGAAGACAGUUUUGCGAGCCCUGUAAUGUCAGCCAAUGGCUCAGUCAAGAAAAGAAAGAGAGCAAAGAAUGUUGAUGGGUCGCAGAAACACGAAGUAGUACUUUCUAGCCAAGUAGACGCUGAAGGAAAUACUGCUGCAAAAAGUGAAGAGAAGAGUGUAAAGAAGGUAAGGUUUUCAAUGAAAAAUAACUUGGUAUGGAAACCCCAUAAUCCCUUACCACCUGAAAGUUUGAGACUGCCUCCCUCUGUUACUCCAAGGGGAAGUGCACUUAAGAAAGGAAUACCUCCAGGUCCUAUCUUGGAAUUCCCUGCCACAACUAAAAGGACAAAAAGGAGAGCUGUUGCAAUGAGGGCUAAGAAAGGUGUAAGAAGCUUGCCUGUCAAACGUUUGAAGAAAUUGAAAUCUAAGAGUACUUAGUACCUUUUGUCUUAGGGUAUGAAGUUGAAGAGGUCCAAAGCUUACAAAUUUUUAUCAUUUAAUGAUUGUCUUAAUUACUUCGUUUCAUUUGGGCGUUGUUCUCAUAUUGACUUUCUUGAUCUCAACCAUUAGAAAUGAAUGAAGGUUCUGAUGCAUUGAGUUGAGUACUUGAAAUCAAAUGCCGCCAUGGAAUUCUAGUUAAAUGAUCAAAUUUUCUCUUUGCCUUUCA